AAAUUCUGAAUACAUCUGCAGGUAGGAUGGACAGUUACUUUAAAGCAGCAGUCAGUGACUUGGACAAACUCCUUGAUGAUUUUGAACAGAACCCAGAUGAACAAGAUUAUCUCCACGAAGCACAAAAUGUGUAUGAUUCUAAUCACUGUUCAGUUUCUUCAGAAUUGGCCUCCUCCCAACUAACUUCACCACUACCAAAGGAUCCACAAUGCGUUAAUACUUUCGCCUCAUCAGAAACGUCCUCUGAGACAAAUCAGAAUGCCCUAACUGAAACAACCCUAGAAGAGGGACUAACUCCUAUACAAAGUGAAAAAAAUGUCACAGGACUCGAUCUUCUUUCUUCUGUGGAUAGUGGAACUUCAGAUGAAAGCAAGCCUUUGUACAUGGGUCGGUGUGGUAAACCUGUCUGUGAUCUGAUAAGUGACAUGGGUAAUUUAGUUCAUGUGACUAGUAGUGACGAAGAUAUUAAAACAUCAUUGCCUGAUGAUUUUAAGUCUAGUGUAGAUUCUUUGAUUGGAUUGGAUCUGUCUUCAGUGCCAGAGACUUUUUGUGUUUUUUCAGCAGAUCAUGUUAGUGAUCCUGUCAUCGAGGAACAGAAUGAUGCCAACUCAGAAUUACAAAACAGAGAAAUCUGCAGAGCCAAAGAAUUGAGCAAGAAAACAGACACAGCCUUUUCAGACGCAUGUAACUACAGUGGAACAGAAAAUGUAAAGGGUAAAGAGAUCUCUAAUCAGUUAGAACCCAUUGACUUUAACGUGCCAUCUGCUUUGACUCAACAAAGUUCUCAGACUUUUGCUGCCAAAGACAGUUUACAGCUCGAGGACCAGACUAGUGAAUUACUAAAAGAUGAUGGGUGUUCAGUAAAAGAGGAGGUAGAUGCAGCCGUCAGAGCUGCCACCAAAUCUUUAAAAGAAGUGGGUAGUAAAAAUGUUUUGCCUUGCACCCUUCCAGAAAAUGAAAGUUUAUGUUUAAAUGAUUCGAAUUCACAAGAAGAAAAUGUCAGAGCACCUGACUUUUCAUUUCAAGAAGAUAAGGUUGCUUUAUGCAUAAAGCAAUCUGUAAAAGAAAACUCGAAAAAUUUAAACAUUGAAGAUAAUAAUGAUGAACUUGAAGAUUCCCGUUCAACUGUCCAUACUUCAAGUGAAGGUGUACAAUCCUCCUUGUCCUGUCUCCCAGUAUCUGGGUCUUUGUGUGGAUCCUUAAUGGAAAGUAAAGCUUGUGGUGAUUGUUUACCUCACAAUGAGCAUAAAGAUAGCAUAGAAAAUGUGGUGACUGUGCAAGAAGAAAGACUGAAGAAUGUUCUUCUCGCCGGGGAAUGCUUUCAGGAGAGUGAGCGUUUGAAACAGGAAAAAUGUAAAAACAUACCCCCAGAGCUGUUAAUUGAAAAAAUAAGAGCAGAAAAGGUAGGUCCUGUCCAAAUCAGAACCUCAAUGGAAUCUUUGAAUUACCCAGAUAGCAACAGUCCUACAGCUGCAGAACCUGCAACGGAGCUUUCCAUUGCUGAUGCCCCAGAGUCUCCUGAUCACUGUAAAGGCCUUCCUUUUUCAAGCACUGAUACCAAUGGGCCAGACUUAGAUUACUUUAAUAUUGAUGAAGGCAUGAAAAGCAGCACAUUAAUUAGUGAUGCUGAACUUGAUGCCUUUUUGACCAAGCAGUAUCUUCAGACCACUAACAUAAAACCUUUUGAAGAAAAUGUAAGUGGCUCAGUAUCUCAAAAGAGUCAGAUGGAUAUGAAAGGCCUUGUUGAUGGAGACAUCAGUAAUACAUAUUUCAAUGCCGAAGCAGGUGCUACAGGGGAACAUCCUGGCAUUAAUGCGAUCUGUGGAGCCGUCAGCCAACAAAGUACAGCAGAAAAUGGCAGUCUUUCUUUAGGGGAAAACACAAUUCCAACUGAACAAGGGUUAUCUAGCAGUAAAUCUGAGAGUCCGAGUGAGUUACCAGCCUCUCAUAUUAACAAUCAAUCUGUUCACGUGGGAGGAGCCAGACCUAAACAGUUGUUUAACCUUCCACCCAGAGCAAGGACUUCAAAGGAACUAAAUCAGCCAGAUGUUCCAAAUACUCCCAGAAGUGAACCCAGUGAGGCAGGUGCCGUUGCUCCAAGCACUGGGACCACAACUUCUGCAACUGACCCUCAGGUUAGCUUCAACUCUAACUACAUUGACAUAGAAAGUAAUUUUGAAGCUGGAUGCAGUUUUGUAACUGCAAACGAAGAAUCACUUCCUUUACCUGAGAAACCACAGAAAGGAGGUUUGAUUUUGGGGCAGAAACAGCCUCCUCCUUGGGUUCCUGAUUCAGAAGCUCCAAACUGUAUGAAUUGCCAAGUCAAAUUUACUUUUACAAAACGGAGGCACCACUGCAGAGCAUGUGGGAAAGUAUUCUGUGGUGUCUGUUGUAAUAGGAAAUGUAAACUACAGUAUCUAGAAAAGGAAGCAAGAGUAUGUGUAGUCUGCUAUGAGAUGAUUAGUAAAGCUCAGGCAUUUGAAACGAUGAUGAGUCCAACUGGUUCUAAUCUUAAAUCGAAUUCUUGUGAUGAAUAUACCACCAUCCCGACUACCCAGGAGACCCAAACAUCUAGUAAUUCUUCACCAUCAGCUGUACCAAACUCAGCACUUAAACAACCAUGUGCUGAAGGCCUGUGCUCCAAAGAACAGAAGAGAGUGCGCUUUGCAGAUGGGAUAUUGCCCAAUGGUGAAGUUGCAGAUACCACAAAAUUAUCAUCGGGAAGUCAAAGGUGUCCUGAAGACUCUAGUCCUCUUUUACCUGACAUGCCCUUGAUGGUAAAUACAGUGGAUUAUGCUCAUUCUACAGAGGAUAAACCAAAUGAGAUAGCAGAUAAUACAAUAAAUGAAGUUAUUCAAAAGCCUAUUCCUCAGGAUAUAUCUGUGGAGAAACUGCCUAUCAGCACAGGAAUUGAAGGGCUCCCUUCUCCUGGUUCUUUUGUACUAAACAAUGAUGUUUUUGCAGAAAGCAAGCAGCCAUCUAGUCCUUCUGGUGGUGUCAUGGUAAACAGUGAUUUACCUGCUGGUGGUAUUUCACAUUAUAAUUUACUGUCUUGGAUUGAUAAGUAUGUUUCCAAUAAGAUUAGUCUUCUACCUUCUGAUGAGCACGGCUUGCCACCACUUCUGGUCACAUCUAGAGAAAAGGAAUCAGCUGUUACAUUUGUUUUAAAUGCUAAUCUACUCGUGAAUGUCAAGUUAGUAUUUUAUUCCUCAGACAAAUAUUGGUACUUCUCAACCAAUGGAUUGCAUGGCUUGGGACAGGCAGAAAUUAUUAUUCUAUUGUUAUGUUUGCCAGAGGAAGAUACUUUUCCUAAGGACAUCUUCAAACUCUUUAUCACCAUAUAUAAGGAUGCUCUAAAAGGAAAAUAUGUAGAAAACAUGGACAAUAUUACCUUUACUGAGAGUUUUCUCAGUAGCAAAGAUCAUGGAGGAUUCCUGUUUAUCACACCUACUUUUCAGAACCUUGAUGAUCUCCUGUUACCGAGUAAUCCUUUUCUUUGUGGAAUUCUUAUCCAGAAACUAGAGAUUCCCUGGGCAAAGGUUUUCCCCAUGCGUUUAAUGUUGAGAUUGGGUGCAGAAUAUAAAGCAUAUCCUGCUCCUCUAACAAGUAUCAGAGGCCGCAAACCUCUUUUUGGAGAAAUAGGACACACUAUUAUGAAUUUACUUGUCGACCUUCGAAAUUACCAGUAUACCUUGCAUAAUAUAGAUCAUCUAUUGAUUCAUAUGGAAAUGGGCAAAAGCUGCAUAAAAAUACCCCGGAAAAAAUACAGUGAUGUAAUGAAAGUCAUAAAUUCUUCUAAUGAGCAUGUUAUUAGCAUUGGAGCUAGUUUUAGUACAGAAGCAGAUUCUCAUCUAGUCUGUGUACAGAAUGAUGGCAUUUAUCAAACACAGGUCAACAGUGUACCUGGUCAUCCUAAGAAAGUGACAGGUGCAAGUUUUGUGGUGUUCAAUGGAGCUCUAAAAACAUCUUCAGGAUUUCUUGCUAAGUCCAGUAUAGUUGAAGAUGGCCUUAUGGUACAAAUAACCCCAGAGACCAUGGAUGGUUUGCGGUUAGCUCUACGAGAACAAAAAGACUUCAAAAUUACGUGUGGGAAAGCUGAUGCAGUAGACUUGAGAGAAUAUGUAGAUAUCUGCUGGGUAGAUUCUGAAGAAAAAGGAAACAAAGGUGUUAUCAGUUCAGUGGAUGGAAUAUCGUUACAAGGAUUUCCAAGUGAAAAAAUAAAACUGGAAACAGAUUUUGAAACUGAGGAGAAGAUUGUAAAGUGUACUGAGGUAUUCUACUUUCCGAAGGGCCAGGACUUACCUAAUUCAUCAACUCAAUACCAGUUUGCAAAAGAAAUUGCCAUGGCUUGUAGUGCCGCACUGUGCCCUCAUCUGAAAACUCUAAAGAGUAAUGAGAUGAAUAAAAUUGGACUCAGAGUUUCCAUUGACACUGAUAUGGUUGAAUUUCAGGCAGGAUCCCAAGGUCACCUUCUUCCUCAACAUUAUCUCAAUGAUCUGGAUAGUGCUCUGAUCCCUGUGAUUCAUGGUGGGACCUCCAACUCUACGAGUUUGCCAUUAGAAAUAGAGUUAGUCUUUUUCAUUAUAGAAAACCUUUUUUAGUGGUAGGACAUGUCAUAUUAAAUAUUAUGAACUGAUCUGUUAGAAGUCCAGCAUUAAAGUGGAAGUGCUUUGUACUAAAUAUUUACACUAAGAGUAAAUAUGUUUGGUAUUCGAAACAUGUAGACUUUGCUUUUUAGGCAGGGAUGAUCUUUUAAAAUCAUUAGCACAACAUUUAGAACUCUAAAAUUAUAAGGGAUUCCGUUUUGAAGCUUUACACUUAUAUAAGCACUAAAAGACAAACAAGGUUUCUCAUGCCUAAGAAAUUUGUGUCAUUUACUGUGUCAUUAAGUGCUAAGCCAAAGUUUCUGCACUUAGGUAUACCUCUUUAUGCCAUUAAUGGCUCUAAUGAAGGCUGUUUCAGAUGUAACCCUGUGGAGGAAGAUGGUUUUGUUUAUAUGCUAUGUAGAUCGCUGGCUUCCAGAGUCUCUUAAAAAUAUAUUUCAGUGGCAUAGGCCAGUUUUCAGAUCAGAGAUGAUGAUUCUUUGAAUAAACAAGAUAACUUAUUUAUGUAAUUGAAAGUGGAGACCUACCUCCAUCAUGAUUAGAUAAACUCUGUUUGGAUUAAAAUCAAUUUUGCCUUUUUUCCUUCUCAAAUUAUUAUAUAUACCUAUAUAUAUUAUAUAUUUGUUUUGUUUGUUUUUACUUUAUUAUAUGGGCAUACUUAAAAUAAUUGUGGGUGCUUCAGGACCUUGUGCUUCUCUAUUUAAGUAUAUUGUUUUUAUAGCAAGAACAUAUAAUUCACCAUGUGUUUUAUAAAUCUUUAAUAAUUUAUAAAUAGGUGAUAUUUUUCUAUUAUAGUGCAUUAUUUCCCCUACUUUUCUUCCAAAAUAGGCCACUGUAUUUAACACUUGUAUUAGUAAAUGACAACAGGCAAAUGACCCUGGAAGUAGUCAUUAUGUAGCAAUAAAUGAAGCAUGAAGCAAACUUAACUUUAUUUCCACUUUAAUCCUUAGAAUUUUCUUGGCAACUGCAUAUUUUCAUGAGUAACAAUGUAACAAGUAUAACUUUUAAUGAAAUUACUUUUGCAUAUUUAAAUUCUUUAUAUGGUAGUUAUUUUUGAUAAUGAGAUACUAACAUACGUUAAACUGUGUAUUUAAAGGACACAUGACACUAGAAAUUGAAUUACAGAGGUCCUUUGAACCCUGAUCAAGUGUUAGAAACUGUUACCGAGCUUUCAUCUUUCCUUUAGACAACAAAAGUCUGCUUUUUAAAAAGUUAAGGGG